AUGACCACAGCUGGAUUUCUUUACGAGCCACAGCCAGGCUACAUCGCACACACUCCCCUCUCAGCCAGUUUCGUCACCCGGCCGUCUCAUCUGGAUGCCGCUCUGUUCCUAGCAGGGACGGCCGCCCCCGCUGCGUUGAACAUGGCCGUAGCCACAAAGAGCUACGGCCAUACUGAUAGCCCUUAUGAAUGUGCUUACUCGAUUGCAUUUAACACAGCACAAUCUUUCCAGUCGAGCUGUGGCACUAACCCAAAAUUGAAGAGGCAGUUUGUGGCCUAUACUCGUCAUAUGGAUUCCACCGACGAUGAAACUGCUACCGAGCUACUCGGUCGCCUUGAUUGGCUCAAAUUAGGCAACGCGCGAGUUGCAGACGUGGUUGCUGAGUCCAUAUCACCUGCUUCAGCACUGGCUAAACUCUACCCAUCAUUGAACUUUGUCGUGCAAAUGAACGACACCACAUCUGCAUCGAACGGCUAUACGAUGAAUAACCAACUGAUGGACCGCAUUUUGGUGCAGCAGCGGACCAGUGGACAGCAACAGGUCGUAAAGGAUGCGGCGGUAUACAUGGUACGCUUGACAUCGUCAGUUCUGGUGACGCCUUUCUCCCAGCUUCGUACGCAGAUUCUGGCGGAGCUGGAGGCACACGUAAACGUUCUGAGCGCAAACCCAGCGGCUACCUUGAUCUUACAGGUGAGGGUUCUUCCUAAAACCACUUCUCUUGAACACUAUACCGCGGGCACUGCUCGUGUCCUUGAUCUGUCUCUGCUGCAAUUAGGAAGCGAUCGUCCCAUGGAAAUAACUGAUAUCUUUGCCUUGGUGGACGACGUUCAUCAUGAUGGAAGUGGCAGGCUCGUCAUUGUAAAGAAUAUGUGUGUGCAGAAUAGUGCUUUUGUGGUCCUAGGAGUGAAGUACCAAGCCGGACCUUAUGUACAAUAA